AUGCACAAGAUGAGAUUCCUACUAGCUGCUGCAUGCCUUGUUUGCCUCAAUGUCCGAGUUAUAGAGGGACGUCCGGGAGAUAUCGAAUUCUCUACACAGGAUGCCACCGGAAGUGAACUGCGCGGCCUACUGACGAGGAGUGACCACGCAAUAGACAAGGAGAAUGCCAAUGUGGUGGCUUACGUUGGGGGCGACAAAUCCUACUUUCUCAAAGACGCUCCGGUUGCAGCUCUCAACACUUUAUUCCCUCCCACAACGAGCUUUUAUCUUCCAUUUACCUCUAGCUAUACUGACCUGGAGAAAGCUGGUCGUAAGUCCAGGUGGGAAAUCCCUUUAGGACUCACUCCCCUGGACAAUGCCAUCACCGCGUUGUGGGAGGGAGGUGAUUCCAAAGCCGCGCAGUCCCUUCUGGUGACCACUCAGAUGGUUUUAGAAGCGGCUCAGUCCAUACUAGUUGAGCAGCGUGUCCGUCAUAGCAUACAAGACAAAAUUGACUUUUUACCGGACGCUGGAGUCCUAGCCAACAGUGGCUGUCCUUCCGAGUGGGCUGCCAUGCAUGCUCCUGUGUCUAAUUAUCCGAAAUAA